AGCACCUCUAACAUCUCGAUCUAGCUCUUCCUCCUCCUCAGCUCUCGUUCCAUCAGGUUCUUCCACAGCGUAGCAAGGCAAGCCAGUAAAUCCUCGAGAGGGUGCCGCCGCGAUGUCGGACGUGACGGCGGUGAUGGAUCUGGAGGUGGGGGAGCCGCAGCUGGCGCUUCCACCGGGCUUCCGGUUCCACCCCACCGACGAGGAGGUGGUCACCCACUACCUCACCCGCAAGGUCCUCCGCGAAUCCUUUUCCUGCCAAGUGAUCGCCGACGUCGACCUCAACAAGACCGAGCCGUGGGAUCUCCCCGGGAAGGCGAAGAUGGGCGAGAAGGAGUGGUUCUUUUUCGUGCACAAGGGCCGGAAGUACCCGACGGGGACGCGCACCAACCGCGCGACGGAGAAGGGGUACUGGAAGGCGACGGGGAAGGACAAGGAGAUCUUCCGCGGCAAGGGCCGGGACGCCGUCCUCGUCGGCAUGAAGAAGACGCUCGUCUUCUACACCGGCCGCGCCCCCAGCGGCGGGAAGACGCCGUGGGUGAUGCACGAGUACCGCCUCGAGGGCGAGCUGCCCCAUCGCCUUCCCCGCACCGCCAAGGACGAUUGGGCUGUUUGCCGGGUGAUCAACAAAGACUUGGCGGCGAGGAAUGCUCUGCAGAUGGCGCCGGCGGCCGGCGGGGGCAUGGAGGACCCUCUCGCCUUCCUCCAUGACUUGCUCAACAAUGAUGACUUGCUCAACAACGCCGACCUGCUCGACAACGCCAGCCUGCUUGACAACGCUGACCUGCCGAUGCUCAUGGACUCACCGUCUGGCGCCGACGACUUCGCUGGCGCUUCGAGCUCCACCUCCAGUGCCGCCCUGCCGCUUGAACCGGACACGGAGCAUCUGACCGUAAAGACGGAGCCGUCACCGCAGCAGCAGCAGCAGAUGCUGAGCCCAGACUACUUCAUGCCGGCGACGGCCAACGGCUAUCUUGGCGGCGACGGGUACUCACCCUACCAGGCUAUGGGGGACCAGCAGGCCGCGAUCCGCAGGUACUGCAGGCCAAAGGCGGAGGUAGCGUCUUCGUCGGCGCUGCUGAGCCCUUCGCUGGGCUUGGACACGGCGGCGCUGGCCGGCGCGGACACCUCGUUCCUGAUGCCGUCGUCGCGGUCGUACCUCGAUCUGGAGGAGCUGUUCCGGGGCGAGCCUCUCAUGGACUACUCGGACAUGUGGAAGAUCUGAUUGAAUCCAUCCAUCUAUUCGCUGGAUUGGAGCGUCUCAGUUUGCUCGUAGCUAUUGAUGGUUAUUUGGUUGAUGCUAGCUCUUCGAUUGAUUAGUUGCUUCAUUAACUUUCGAUUAAGGAUUGAGUUCAUUAGGCCGUGGUGAUUCGAGGAGGAACGUAGUGUGUUUGUUGAUGCGUGCAAGGCAUAAUGAUGGCCUGUGAGCGGAGGGAGUUCUGAUUAAUCUUAGAAUGUGAUAUCAAACUACUAGGAGUCAUCUGUAGUUUGUACAUAGUUACUUGAUUGCCAUCAUAAAGGUUAGUGAUUGGGUGGGAUGAACCCGAUCAAGUUGGUUGAUAAAUCUAUUUAAUUGUGUGUUGAUGGAGCUGAAUUAUUCCCGUUGUAAAUGUUUUAUUGAUUCGAUUGUUAAUCGUA